AUGGAAGACACCAUCGAUCUGCAGCUUGAUCUGGGUACGGAUGCAUUCGAGGCUCAAACGCAUUGGAAUGAUCUUGUUGAACUACCCUCUGAUGGGUACCUUGACGAUCUGCCGCUGUUUCCGGAGUUGGAAAAUAUUCUUCAAGCCGAUGAAAGCUGCGAACUGUCAGACACGACUGCUCCAGCCAUAUUUCAAGAUGAGAAGGCCCAAUUGCUCGAGGGCUCUCCUGAGCCGAGCCACCGCGGUCCAAAACGCUCCACAGGAAAUCGUGACUUGCACUCGCAGUUGUGCGCUGCUGAGAAUGAGUCGCUUCCGCCAGUUGAGACUAUCCCCGUGGACUCUGGGGGAUCUUCGAUAAUUUUGUCGAGAACGACAUCUCUAAAUCAAGACAACACGCCGUCCACGUUAGGUCCCACGCCAUCAAUGCCCCCCUCUCCGUGCCUGGCUCCCCUGCCUCACGGGCACCACACCCUUUCCCAUCAGGCAUCAGACUCAAGCAUGCACUCGAUGGACAGUGCUGUAUCAGUCUCCAGCAAACGUGGGCUUCGCAUUGUUCGUGGCUAUCGCUGUGACGAGUGUGCUGCCACGUUCGACGUACCCAGCGAGCUACGACAUCAUCAGAGGAAGCAUAUAUCGAAGGACGACCGUCCGUAUGCUUGCUCUGUAUGCACGGUUCGCUUUCUAUACCCGAAGGACUUGGUACGGCACAUGCGUCGCAAGCAUGGCAUGCCGCAUGAUUCGCAGCAGGACUUGAAUGGACGUGAGUGCGGCACCGUAACUUCGAACAAUGCCAAUCAAUUCACGACCCCGGACGAGGCUAUCGAUCACUCUGCCUCGCAAGCAUUUGAUGCAGGGUCGACCUUUGAAGUCAGCCCUCAUAUCUCCGAAUCAAACGAGACUCUCGUGAUGAAGUUGAAAGCUGCUCGAGACGAUGCUGGGCUUUGGCUGGCUGAACGGAACUACUUCGCAGAGCUUGUCAGCAAUGAUCACCAACGCCAGCCGCCGUUGCUAUACUUCAAAUACGAUGAGAUGGGCCGCACAUCGCCAAAACAGCGUGCCAAAGGGUGGUUGCUUGGGAUCAAAGCCCUUCUCAAGAUUGAGAAGAACGAACAUGCACUCGACGACCCAGACCGGACUGCAGAGGCAUUGGACUACCUUCUGAAUGACCUAGAAAAUCUGGCCCUGAUCGAAGGUGAUCAGUGA